AUGGACUUUGCGCGGAGAAUCGGUAAAUCUGAAGAACGUAAAAUAUGGAAGAGAACUCGUAAGUCACUUGUAACGACCAGGGAUAACCUCCUCUGCGAAGAGACAGUAUUUUCAGAGGAUCGUCCUUUUCUAAAUUGGCGAAAGUGGCUCGCCGAUCGAAAGAAGCAGAAUCGACGCAUCGAGAAACUUACCGGUCGCCCCCAAGCCGAUCAGCUGCAAAGUUCCUCGGAGAGAUUUCGCGCAUUCGUCGAGAUGAAAAGUUUGAUGGAACACGCGGCCAUACCAGUACCCGUAAUUGGCGAUAAAUAUCGCGGUGGGCCGGAAUUUUGGCGAACGCCUGAAUUCUUGCCAAAUCACGAUUGCCACUUGCCUAAAAUAGCUUUAACUCCAACUAGGAAAGAUCUGAAUCUUCCUCCGGAUUUAAUGCACGUUGGAUUACCGGACUUGAUAGCGAAGGAACGGGAUCUUAUCGCGUUGAAAACCAAGGAGGAAUCCUGGAAACGUAGUAAGUAUCUAAAGACGCGUAAAGUCGAGCUGGCUGAGGAAAUAGCAUUGCUAUUGCCGAAGGAACCGGAAACGGAACAGUUGGUCGUUCAAGGACACAAGUUUGAAAAAAAGAAGAAACCGCUCUUUCGACAUCCGCUGAUAACCAUCACGAAGUCCGAUGAUGAGAAGGCGUGCCUAGAUGCCGAUCAAGCGAUAAUCCUGAAGAUCCAAGAUCAAGAAUUCAUCUUCAAAGAAUGUCUCUUCGAGUCAAUGAAAACUGAUCCUAUCACAUGGUCUCUAACUUUCUCAAGUAACAUUGAUGAACUCGUCGAAAAAGAAAUCGUCCUCGAGAAUAAAGGAACUCGUGUUAUCGUGUAUCAUUGGCGAGAUUGGCCAACUUUUCGAUCGAAUUUAUCCCUCGAGAGACGCGGAAGUCCAUUCUUCUUUAACAAGACGAAAGGUAUCAUACUUCCAGGACAGAUCGUGAAGAUCAAGAUAUGGUAUCGAUCUAGAACUCGAGCAGUCUUCACUGAGUCCUGGCGACUCAUCAUAGAACCGAGAUUGAGUUCCUCGGCGUUCGUAUUUCGCUUCUGGGGCUGUGCAAUCGAUAGUCGGAGGUCAGAACUGACCGAUCAUCGAGCGAUCGAAGAACAUUUGGAUCAUCGUAUUCGCGAUUUGACAAUACACUCGAUCGUUGAGGAAAUUAUGACUAACGUAGAGACUAGCAAACUAUCAGAGCCGCCAUAUAAGCCGUUACUCUCGCCAAGCGACCUAUUCACCUCUCUAAAUCCCUAUUAUUACUAUCAUCUGAGUAUCGUGAUGCAAUUGCAGAAAAUGUAUUGCGACGUUAUCGAUGAAAGUUUGCCGCCCUGGAACUUAUCGUUGGAUACUCUGCGAGAUAUCCUUUUACAAAUAGAGGAUGCAAAUUACAAACGCGACAUGCUCGCCCGGUUCAAUGACCUUUGCAAACAAAGUCUCAGACCCAAUUUGACCGAAUUUGAUUUCACUCAUAAAAAUAAAUAUGACACUGUGUAUAAUAUUUUAUGUGCUUUUGCGAAUUGUUUUGAAGAUGAGAGUAAAUUUGUGAAAAAGAACAGUUUGAUGCGAAAAGACUCUGCAACAAAAAUAGAUCAACAAGAAUCAACACUUUCAUUGCAAAGAGCCAAUAAAAGCUUCCAAGAAGCAUAUAAAGAAAAGUUAAUCGAUCAAAAACAGACGUUACUGCAGGAAGAGAAGGAAAAGGAUUUAAAUCUGCAGCUUUACCGAGAAAUCUUUUUUAUUCGUAUAUAUAAAGCUCUGGAAGAAACAAUAGAACGAGUUUGCGCCAGUAUUGAUUCUUUUAAUAGGCUUAAUAAGUUGAAGAAACAAAGUAAAAUAUAA